AGAAAAAAGCAGUACUACUCGUCGGCCAGUAACUCCUAUCACAUCUGAUGAUGAUGAUGAUGACGCUGCGGAAGCAGGUCCAUCAAAAGAAGUAUGGAGCAGCAGAAGUGGCACUUCUGAAAGACAUCACCACAAAAAACCUGUGGCCGAAAAGAAAGCAAGGUCGUAUGUCCCGGCCCAAACACAGCAGGCUACCCCGCCACGAAGAUUAUCGUCCGUAUGUUCUGUCCCCCCACUCCAAAUUUUGGACACACCUCCAAGACGUCAUCCACACUCCCCUCAUAUUGAUUCUUCUAGUCCUGGGAACAGCAUCCCUCCGCAACAAAAGCAACACAGUGACAUGGAGGAGACAAACAUCUUAGAAAUGCAGCCAUUAAUGCAAGGAAUGAGCCCCCCAGCACCUGUGAGUACACCACCACAGCAAAGCACGCCACCACCACAACACAGCCCAACAACACCAGGAACACAAGGCCCUGAUCAGGUGUUUUGGACCAUUUGGGCUAGACAGCAGGCCACUAAUGAAGAUUGCCUGCGUAAGCAGACACAAAUGUUUGCAAGCCUACCAUCUCACCUCAGAAGAAUAUCAAGAAAUCUGAGUCGACAAAAUGAACAAACAACCAGAAUAGGCAAUACAAUGGAACUCAUGCGUACAGACAUUACACAGGUCAUGGGCAACUUACAGCGCAUAAUGGAAGAACAGCACAGACAACAGCAAAGUUAUAUGAGCAUUUUUCAAAACAAUCAAAAGAUUAAUGAAAGUUUAUUCCGAAUAGUAGACAAUCAAAAUGCUGCUACACGUGAACUCAAUGCCACCCUCACUAACCUGAAUGAAACACUCAGAUGCAUGCACCAACAGCAAACAAGCAGCAGUUCUGGUACGACUACUCCCAAUAUCACGCCAGUCUCAUCACCACCAAGACGCUCCACCAGAGCACGACAACAUGACAGUGCUAAAGGCAAAGGGAAGGACAAGCAGCCACCAAAAAAAACGUGAAAAAAAUACAAGUUAGACAUUUGAGAUAAGUAACUCAAAAUAGUUAGUAAGUGUAUUUUUGGAGAAAAAUAUAUAACACUUAGCUCCUUGACACUUUUUUCAACAUCAUUAAUUAUAAGUGCUACAAACAAAAACAAAACAUUUGUACGCACAUUUAUUCUUUACCAUUUUUUUUGGUAUUGGAGGAGGGAAAUGUUGAUGGAGCCACACAUACAUGUUAGCAGGAAGUAAACUGACCACUUGAUUUUUUUCUAAUCAUUACUCUUUCUAGAUUCCAAUCAUUCUCUUUUCCUGCAGACACAAUAAUUGGCAGCCAGGCAGAAUGUCUUUAGCAGGAAGUAAACUGACCACUUGAUUUUUUUCUAAUCAUUACUCUUUCUAGAUUCCAAUCAUUCUCUUUUCCUGCAGACACAAUAAUUGGCAGCCAGGCAGAAUGUCUUUAGCAGGAAGUAAACUGACCACUUGAUUUUUUUUCUAAUCAUUACUCUUUCUAGAUUCCAAUCAUUCUCUUUUCCUGACGACAAUCCAAGUUACAAUGUUUUUGAUACAUAUUUUAGCUUUCUUCUCUAUACAACAUUACAAGAAGAACACAAUUGAGUUGCGUUAAAAACUUGUAAUAUGUUGCCUUUGUUUUUUUUUAAAAACAUUGUCAAAAUGAAUGUCAGUAUUGUUGGGCCAUGUUUGUGUGUGUUAAAAAUUAGUAAGAAUGUUUUUACACAUGAUGCUGAAACAAAUAUGUACUUUUACAUCAAAAAUCAAAGAAUGUGUAUAAUAAUGUAUAUGUGUGGCAAACUGUGUAUUUACUUACACAUCAUCAAGU